AAUGCUUUUAUUCCCAACUCUGGAAUAAGCCCGAUCUUAAUACAUUCAACACAAAGAAAAAGCGGUGUAUGACGUCGUGAACAACAUCAACAUGAAAGACAAGCAGGGAUUUCCCCAGAUCUAUGCAGGUCAUGUAUAUUUUUAGAAUCGUCUAUUAUACACAAGCCUAGAAACCAAGAGCUACCAGUACACAUAGCAGACAGAGCUUUGAAGCUGUGUAAAGCAAACAUUCUCUGCGGUGAAUGACGACGUAAACAACACCAACAUGAAAGACAAGCAUAUAUUUCCCCAGAUCUAUGCGGGUCAUGUCUAUUUUUAGAAUCGUCUAGGUAAACUUAAUCCUAGAAACCAAGAGCUAAGAGUACACAGACAGAGCAACAUUAGAAGCAGUGUUAACUUAACCUUCUCUUGGUUAGUGGGCACUUGUGAGUGACAACUGUAAAUAUCCCAACAAGUGUAUCAAAAUUAAUCAGUAAAACAGACCAUGAAAACCCCAAACAAAGUGAGAAAAAGAAAAUUGGAGCCAUCAAGUACACCUAAAGAUGUGCCAUACUGUGAGAGCCCAAGUAAAGUUUCCAAAAGUGACCAAACAGGUGUCUUUAUUCCAGGAAAUCAUGAAGCUGAGAUGUGCUAUGGAGGAGAAGCUGAUCUACACAAACAUGUUACUGCCUGUACGAAGAAUCCAGGUCACAAAGGUUUUAUACCUCUUAAAGAUUUCAACACAAAUUGUCUCCCUUCACGUUACCAUGACGACGACCUCAUGUAUGAGACAAUCAAAACAUUGGCAGCCCUAACUGUCCAGGUAAAGACUAAAUUCACCAGUCUACAGAGACCAGAGUUUUACCCAGGCACUCAAGUUCCAUAUCCAUGUUAUAAGGACAGAGGAAGUCACGUGAUGAGGUUAGGGACGGGGAGGGUGUGGAUUGCGUACAAGUGCACAGAGAGUGAUAGAAAAACUUGUCGUUGUGCUAAGUGUCAAGUCUCUGCCACACCCAGCAAAGUGUGGGGGCAGGUUCAUAUGAUGACAGCCACACACGUGGUAUUUGAUGACAGUGAGGCGAGACAGACCAGGUGUGUUUUAGGUUUUGAUGACAAUAAAAGUCCAAUGGUCAGUCUUGAUGGCUGGGAGGUGGGUUGGGUAGACAUUGAGGGAGACAGGUGUUUGUUGAGAUAUGUGACAUGUGACUUAGAGUUGGUUGAUGAACUAGACAAGAUGUGUGAGCACUUUUAUGAACUAAGUAGGGAUGUACGGGACAAAUACACGAGAUUUGUUGAUGUGGACAAGUUGACCGUUAUAGUGUCACAUCCUCAUGGCUGUCCUAAACAGGUCUCUGUAGGACGAUGGACACACAAACAUGAGAGGGGUAGCAUCAUCAGGUACUGGUACACAACAUGUACAUGUCCUGGCUCCAGUGGAGCGUGUGUCUACAGGCUGGGACAUGACAGGUGGUUUUAUCACCAUCCCCACAGUGGAUCAAACUCUGAAGGAAAUUAUAGUGGGGAGUAUUGGGACUGAUGUAACUGUUAGUUCUCUCCCCUUGUCUACACAAUGUAAACAAACAAAAUGGCGGAACCUUUUCCGUCAUUAAACUGAUUGUGUAAUGACUUGCAUUUGUUGUAAACAUUUUAUAACAUGUAAAUGGUUAAAACAAAUGUUUUGAUUGAUUCAAACCGUUUAACCGUUAUAAUUUGCAUCUAUCAUAAUGUAUUAUAGGCACUUAACAUGUUUAAUGUUGUAAAUAUUUUGUGUUUAACAAAUGUCGGCAACAUUGUUGUUCUGACCUUACCAUGAAUUGUAACUUUACAUAUUACAUUUCUUGCUCUUCUUAUUUGUUUACAAAAUUAUUACAUACUAGAAAAUAAAUG